GGCAACACUUUUACAAAUGUCUGACAUCGGCUUUUUACAUACGUGUUGUGUUUAUCCUUCUAGUUAUUAAAUCUAAGCUUUGAAAAGUUAAAAUGAAAUAUCUCUACAUUUUAAUAUUUAUGUGUUCUUUAGUUUAUUGUGAUGAGCAUACACACACGUAUAAAGAUGGAGAGCAGGUAGUGCUAUGGAUGAAUACUGUAGGCCCAUACCACAAUCGACAGGAGACCUAUGCUUAUUUUUCUUUGCCGUUUUGCGUUGGAACAAAAGUCACAAUAGGCCACUAUCAUGAGACAUUAUCUGAAGCCCUUCAAGGAGUUGAAUUGGAGUUUAGUGGUCUUGAUAUCACUUACAAAGAUAAUGUCCCAGCACAACAAUUUUGUGCAAUCGAACUCGACGAACAGGCCUAUAAAGCACUUGUCUAUGCAGUGAAGAACCAUUAUUGGUAUCAGAUGUACGUGGACGACCUUCCAAUAUGGGGUAUUGUUGGUGAAAUUGAUGGUGACAAUUACUAUAUCUGGACACACAAGAAGUUUGAUAUUGGAUAUAAUGGCAACAGGAUCGUUGAGGUGAAUUUGACUGCUGAGAAUAAAGAGAAACUAUCAUUAGGUGCUAAAAUCCCAUUUACUUAUGAAGUGAACUGGAAGCGUAGUAACAUACGUUUUGAGGAUCGAUUUGACAAAUACUUAGAUCCCAAUUUCUUCCAACAUAGAAUCCAUUGGUUCAGCAUAUUCAACAGUUUUAUGAUGGUUAUCUUUUUGGUAGGACUUGUAUCUAUGAUUCUUAUGAGAACCUUAAGAAAGGAUUAUGCUAGGUAUUCUAAAGAUGAUUAUCUUGAUGAUUUGGAGAAAGACUUGGGUGAUGAGUAUGGUUGGAAACAGGUACAUGGAGAUGUAUUCAGACCUGUCCCACACCUCGCCCUGUUUUCUGCUUUAAUUGGAGCAGGAUACCAGCUCACUGUUGUCACAUUAGCUGUUAUAAUAUUUACCAUUUUUGGGGAACUUUACACAGAAAGAGGGUCUUUAUUAUCUACAGCUAUUUUCAUCUAUGCAGCUACUUCACCAGUAAAUGGUUACUUUGGUGGUUCUUUGUAUGCUAGGAUGGGUGGAAGACUUUGGAUUAAACAGAUGUUGUUGUCUGCGUUCCUAUUACCAGUGAUGGUGUGUGGCACUGCAUUCUUUAUAAACUUCAUUGCUAUGUAUUACCAUGCUUCUCGGGCUAUUCCUUUUGGGAGCAUGAUUGCUGUAAUGUCCAUUUGUACCUUUGUCAUCCUGCCCUUAACUUUAGUAGGGACAGUACUAGGACGUAAUUUAGCUGGCCAACCUGACAAUCCUUGCCGUAUCAAUGCUGUACCGAGACCAAUACCUGAGAAGAAGUGGUUCAUGGAACCAUUUAUCAUUGUUAUAAUGGGAGGAAUACUACCAUUUGGAUCUAUAUUCAUUGAGAUGUACUUUAUCUUUACAUCUUUCUGGGCAUACAAAAUCUAUUAUGUUUAUGGAUUCAUGUUGUUGGUGUUCCUGAUCUUGAUGAUUGUCACAGUGUGUGUGACCAUUGUUUGCACUUACUUUCUCUUGAAUGCUGAGGACUACCGUUGGCAAUGGACCAGUUUCCUUUCUGCUGGAAGCACUGCUCUCUAUGUCUACUUGUAUUCAUUUUACUAUUUCCUUUUUAAGACAAAGAUGUAUGGCUUAUUCCAAACUACUUUCUAUUUUGGUUACAUGGCAUUAUUCAGUUUGGCACUAGGUAUAAUUUGUGGAACAGUUGGUUAUAUUGGAACCAGUUUAUUUGUGAGAAAAAUUUACUCAACUGUUAAGAUCGAUUGAGCUGGUGCAAUUCUAUAGGUUAUUAAUAAAAUGUAUUGAAGAAUGAAAAUGUAUCUCUUGGGUAGCUUCUUGAAGCAGUGUUUCACAAAAUUAAUUGUUUUGAAAAACUGUUCUAUUAUAAGAGAUAUUGAAUAGCCAAGGAUCUAAUUUUGGGUAUAUAUAAAUAUAAUUUCUUUAUAUAUUGAUGAUAGAGUUAAUCUAUAUGAUAUUCAUCAAAUAUCUACACUAUAAAAUUAUAAAAUCUAAUCAUUAGAUAAGAAUAUUGUAAUUCCAUAUGGGAUCAUUAUUUUGAUCAAAAAUUUUUAAAAUUGUCUCUAGUUAAAAUAAUGCAAUGUAAAUGAACUGAAAUUGUAUCUUGCAUGAUUAUUCUUUUUAUCAGUUAUUUGACAUUCAAUUAUUGUGAGCUUAACAUUCUUUGUUAAGUUUUAGGAUUCAACUUUAUGUUAUUGUUCAAUUAUAGAAAUAGAAAAAUUAUUUUGUUGUAAGUUUACUGCAAAUUAUGUUUUAAACAAGCCAACAUUUAUCUAUGAUAUACCUUUAACUACUGUACAUCUCGCAAAUAUAAUAAUAAUUAUAUAUUUAUAUCACAAGUAUAAAUUUGUGACUAAUUCAUUGUUAAUUUUAUGGCAUCUCUCAAUUAUUUUCAUGGAUCACAAUAAUAUCCUAUUAGUCAAGAAUUUCAUGAUUUAAUGAUCAAUACUGGCAGGCAUGAUGAUUAAAAUAAUGAUAAUACUUCCAUAUUCUAAGGAAGUACUUGAGUAUUAUUUAAUCUCUUGUUAAAGUUAUGAAGAAUGAAUGUAAUAUUUAGGGAUUCAGACUUGUUGUGAAAUUAGGAAGCACUUAGAUCCCUAAGAGUGUGAUCAUUAUAGUUAAGGUGUAUUUAGGUUUAAUUCUUUAAAUACCUAUGUAAAUAUUAUUAUAUAUAGAUGUUGACACUUACAAGUAUUCCAUAGCUUUCUUUUGUAUUUAUUUGAGUAUGAGGUUAAUUCGGAAACUUUUAUGUAAUGCCAUCCAUCACUGAAAUUGUAAUAAAUAUUGUGAGAAAUAAAGUGACUAUGAUAAAAU